AUGAUGAUCUCCUCAGACCUGCGAGGAGAUAUGACCGAGGGAAACUUGAAGGUGUCAUACAAGGAGUCUAUGCUUACGUCCAUUGGACCAAGACUGGAGGAGAGUCCCAGCGUGAUGGAGGAGGUGCUCGAAGACGCCUCUGAUCGGAGGACAGAUGUAUCGAAAAAAGAAUUUGAAGAUUGGUGCAGACCUUGGAAGUCAACACUUGUUGUGAAAGUCCUAGGCAAACGUGUGGGGCUAGCAUUCAUGGAACAACGACUACAAAGAGACUGGGUGAGAAAAGGGUCCUUGGAUGGUGGCGGACACUAUCUCAUAGUUCAAAGGUGGAGGCCUUUCUUUCUCACGUCGGAGCAUCGAGUAAGAAAAAUAGCGGCCUGGGUCCGGAUCCCGAACCUCCCCAUCGAACUCUAUAAUCAACGUUUCCUAUGGAGAGUUGGAUCGGCGAUAGGUCAGAUGAUCAAAAUUGAUCGGCCAACGUCUAUACACUCGAGGGGCAAGUUUGCUAGAAUUUGUGUAGAAAUUGAUCUUGCCAAGAAACUGGUGCCAAAGAUCUCGGUGAUGGGGUGUGAGCUCAAUAUUGAGUAUGAAGGUUUGCACCAAAUUUGCUUUACGUGCGGCAAGUAUGGCCAUCGAGCUGACAUGUGUACUGAAGCUCCGACCAAUGAAGCUCCGCAGCCAAAAAUCACUGGCGAGGUAAGCCAUGCCGGAGUUGAAUCCAACCAAAAAAGGAAUGAGGACCAACAUGGAAAUAAUCCACAUUUAGUGUCUCAACGUGAUUCUGGCUACGAGCAAAAUUUCCUUGAUUUUGGGCCUUAG